AUCAGAUUAGGUUUGAAACUGGAACGCUGCGAAUAAAGCCUUGUCAUUCUUUUUUUGUACCCUGCAGCCUUGCUAUCUUCAGCACAGGUCUCUAAAGAUCAAAGGUAGGCUCAGCCUAAGACUUGAGAGAGAUCCCAGAGCUGGAGCAGCCAGUCCACUAACAUUGGCACUACAUGGGGAUGUGCAAAGCAAGGGCCCUGGAGGCUAGGGUCCGAGAACAGGUUGAUGGAUCAAGCUGUUCUGUCAACCCUGAGGUCCCAUGAAGGAGAAGAACCCUGGUCCCUGCCCCAUGGGAGGCCCAGACAUGCUGGAAACACACCCAGAGGCUGGCAAACCCUCAGAAACAAUUGGAGUGCAAAGUGGGCAGCUGAGCCUUGAGUGAACUCCGGCUGUAGAAAUGGAGAGGAGUCCAUCGGGAAAGACUCCUUGGUAGAAGGUCGUUUUAAAGAGGAUUGAGAAAGGUGGCAGCGACGUGGCUGUGCCCCACGCUUAUCCACUGGGGCCCCUCCAUGAGCCUGCCAGUGCCCUGAUGGAGCCCCAGCCUUGCCCUCGAAGCGUGGCUGAGGGCUUCCUGGAGGAGGAGCUGCGGCUCAAUGCUGAACUGAGCCAGCUGCAGUUCUCAGAGCCUGUGGGCAUCAUCUACAAUCCUGUGGAGUAUGCGUGGGAGCCGCACCGCAGCUAUGUGACCCGCUACUGCCAAGGCCCCAAGGAAGUGCUCUUCCUGGGCAUGAACCCCGGGCCCUUUGGCAUGGCCCAGACUGGGGUGCCCUUUGGGGAAGUGAGCGUAGUCCGGGACUGGUUGGGCAUUGGGGGACCUGUGUUGACCCCACCCCAAGAGCACCCGAAGCGACCAGUGCUGGGACUGGAGUGCCCUCAGUCGGAGGUGAGCGGUGCCCGGUUCUGGGGCUUUUUCCGGAACCUCUGUGGACAGCCCGAGGUCUUCUUCCGUCACUCUUUUGUCCACAAUCUGUGUCCUUUGCUCUUCUUGACUCCCAGUGGGCGCAACGUCACUCCCGCCGAGCUACCUGCCAGGCAGCGAGAACAGCUUCUUAGGGCCUGUGACGCGGCCCUCUGCAGGCAGGUGCAGCUGCUGGGGGUGCGGCUGGUGGUGGGAGUGGGGCGCCUGGCGGAGCAGCGGGCGCGGCGGGCUCUGGCAGGCCUGACGCCUGAGGUCCAGGUGGAGGGGCUUUUGCACCCCUCACCUCGGAGCCCACAGGCCAACAGGGGUUGGGAGGCAGUGGCCAAGGAGAGACUGAAUGAGCUGGGGCUGCUGCCGCUGCUAACGAAAUGAGGGCCCCUGUGGCCCGGCACAGGACAUGUUCAAGGCCCCCAAGUCAUCCCGGGGCAAGCAGAGGACUACACGCCCCCUGGCCGGAGCCACAUGGGCCUUCUGGGCUCCCUGGUUGCCGGGGCCUGCCGUGGCAGGUCUGACACUAGGCCGCUGGCUGCAUUCUUCCCCUUCCUUUGAGCACGGCCCCUGCUCCUGUGGUAGCUAAGUCCACAGAGACGGGGCGUCUGCCAACUGCGCUACCUCACUGUUGGCGCCGGGGCCUCUGCUCAGCUGAGACGGGCCCGAACUGUGACUUCUGGGGCCGUAUUUGCUGUGUUAGAGGAAAGAUCCUGCCAGGACCCCCACCCAUCCUCCUAGAACAGCUUCCUGCAAGCUGAGCCUUUUCCUCACAGGGACCAGGACAAAGCGAAGGCUGUGGAUGUUAAGAGUGAACUUCUUAUGGGAGACUGAGGCUGGAUCAGAGAAAGAAUUCAGUGUGGCAGAGUGCGGAAGACCAGAAGACCUGGCUUUCUUCAUCUCGGCUUUGAGGCUUCAUGGCUUUGUGAACUUUAUGACUUUGGACAGAUUUGAUGGACCUCUCCAAGCCUCAGGAUCCUCAUCUGUAAAACGGGGAUCCCUACUUCAUGGGGUUGGGGUGGGGAUUAAGUGAGAUAACACUUGGAAGUGCCUUGCGUCCUGCCUGGCGGGUGCUCCUUAUCCUUCUUGCUUUUUUGCCUCUUGGUUGGGGCGUCACUGUACCACACUACAAAAGGAGCGCCCCCACUCCAGGACCUUGCUGGGUGAGGGGCAGAUCCUUGCCCUGCCAGAGGUGGACCAGUAACUUUAUGAAAAACGCAGCCUGUGAUUUUUCAGUCUAAGCAUUAAAAACUCCUCAACCAGGGUGUAUAGGUGGCUCAGUUGCUUAAGCGCCUGCCUUUGGCGCAGGUCAUGAUC